UAAAACCCGCCGCUCUCUCUCGUCUCCCCCAUCGCUCCGCAGCCGCAGGCCCCGCAGCAACCACCACCUCCUCUCGCCGCCGUCGCCGCCGCCGCCGCAAGUACAGCGCAGCCGCAGCGCCUCGCCGCCUCCGAUCCCCCUCCCGAGGCUAAAGCACUAGCGCAUAUCCCGCGAAUGGCGGCGGCGAGGAGCCUGAUCCUGAGGCGCCUCCGCUUGGCGGCGGCCCCGUCGUCAGCGGCGUCCUUCAGGCCGGCAGCCGCGCUGCAGGAGGCCCUAUGGGGGCGGCGGUGGAUGUCAUCGGAGGACGCUAAGGGGUCAUUCCUGGACAAGGGCGAGGUCACCGACCGCAUCAUCAAGACCGUCAGGAACUUCCAGAAGAUUGACGACCCCUCCAAGGUGACACCAGAUGCCCAUUUCAAGAAUGAUCUUGGCCUAGACAGUUUGGACACAGUGGAGGUUGUCAUGGCCCUGGAAGAGGAAUUCGGAUUCGAGAUACCUGACAAUGAAGCUGACAAAAUCGACUCCAUCAAAGUUGCAGUUGACUUCAUUGCCUCACACCCACAAGCGAAAUGAUCAGGCAUAUUGCCUUCUAUAGUCUUUUAAGGUUUUUAUGAAGAAGAGUUUGGCUUAAUGAUCUUGUGACGGUUUCAGCAUUUUGCUGUUGCUACUGCCCUUUCUGGAAUGUUUUCUGCUACUAUGAAUUGUCUGCACUAAAUAAGAUCUUUGAUCCAGAGAAGGAACUAGUUUUCCUUUAUGGGGCUUUACCCUCUCACCAGAGAUAUAGUUGUCUUUGCUUGUAUUGGCCUAUUGGGAUGCUGAUGAGGCACUUCUGAGCAGUAGAGCAAUGAGUACAUUACCGAGUUGGCCAUUAUUGAA